AGAUCCGAUCGCCGACGCAUCAUCAGUCCAUCGGAUAGAUAUUUGCGCCGGACACUUUGGAGUUUUGUUCCGGCCGUGAGUUAUAUAGAAUCCAAAGGUUCCGGGACUCGUGGAUUUCGUGGAUUUCGUGUAUUUUGUGUUUUGCCUCUACACAUACUCAAUUGACCUCGAAUCAACCGUCCGUCUUGUCUCAGUUACCAUGGCCGCCACCGAACAGCCCAAGAUCAAGCUUCACUGGCUAGACCGCUCGCGCUCGCAGCGCAUUAUCUGGCUGCUAGAAGAGCUCAAGCUGCCCUACGAGCUGGAGAUUUACCACCGGGACAAGCAGACGCGGCUGGCGCCUCCAGAGCUGGAAAAGGUGCACCCGCUGGGCAAGUCGCCCGUCCUCACCAUCACGACACCCGGCUCGGAUGAGCCCAUUGUGCUGGCCGAGAGCGGCCUGAUCACGCAGUACCUCGUGGAGAACACCCCCGAGGGGAGCAAGUUGAUGCCGCCGCGCUGGAAGGACGGCAUGGAGGGCAAGUUGGGAGGUGAGACGGAGGCGUGGAUGCGCUAUCAGUAUUACUUGCAUUUCUCUGAGGGGAGCUUCAUGCCGGUUCUGGUAUUGGCCAUGUUUAUCGGCGGCCUCCGCUCACCCAUGGUGCCCUUCUUCAUCCGCCCCAUUACAUCCAUGGUCGCCAGCCGCAUAUUUGCGUCCUUCAUCUUCCCCAACACGCGCCGCAAUCUCGGCCUCCUGGAGACGCACCUGUCCGAGUCCGGCGGGCACGCGUACCUGUGCGGCGACUCGCUCACCGCCGCCGACAUCCUGAUGAGCUUCCCCCUAAUCGCGGCCAAGGACUCGCUGGAUCAAUUUGGCUCCUGGGAGGGUGGCGCGUGGCGCUCCGAGUUCCCGCGGGUCGCCGAGUACGUGGCCCGGCUGGAGGGCGAGGACGGGUACAAGACGAGUGUGGAGAAGAUCACGGCGAUCGAUGGCAAUCAUAUUUCCAACAACAGCAUCCAGUUGCGCCUCAUCAUAAUUGAGGAUGCCUCGCACAACGCUGCCCAGAUCUUUGGACAUGCCAGUAUGUGGACCUUGAACCUCGAAAAUAGCCGGGUCUCGGUUCAACACUUCGCAACAUCGCCUUCAUCUCCCUCACCCAACUCGGCGCCAAUCGCAAUGUACGCAUCUCGAACAGUCUGUUCAAGAUGCUCGUCCCAGUUGCGCUCAGUCGCCGUCCAGCGGCUGGGCGUCGCUGCCCGAUUCGCGACGCUGGCAGACUCACCAGACUCAUCCCGACCACCGCCGGGACAAGGCAAUGAGUUUGAGGCUCCGCGCAGGCCGACCCGGUCACGGCCAGACCCCUUCAAGGAACCGGCGAAGGCAUCGCAGGACCCUGCUUUGGCCCUGUUUAACGAUGUUGUCAGCCCGGCCGUCAACGACUCCAACCGAGACCUCGCGGAGCGGCCUGUGUUAAGCGAGCUUGAGGUUGUCGCCAAGGUCAACGAGCUCAUUAAAAAGGGCCUGAGCCUGAAGGCAGAGUACCAGCUUUUCCAAAAAGACAUUUGGCCGCACAUAAAGGAGAUGCGUGGCCAGGUCCCGGUGCCCAUCUACAACGCAGCCGCGCUGGUCCUCAGCAAGAUGUGCACCCAACUCGCCUGGGUCAACGACACCUCCGGCAUCAGCGUAGAACUGUCCGAGAUGUACGGUAUCCUCGGCAGGUGGGAUCCGCAAAUACGAAAUGAUCUCGUUCUGACCCUGUGUUUUGUCCUGACCGAGGUAAAGAACCCGACGAGGAGGCGCUCGGCGCUCAUGAACGAGCUCAUCACGCUGUGGAAGCACAUCUCGCAGCUGAAGCGACCGAGCGAGUUGUUGCAAGAACCGCGGUUUGCGUUGCCCAGCACACAGAGUGUACUUGACGACUUGAAUAGGCGGCAACCCAAAGUACCGGGCGAAGAGCUUCGCCCCCUUACCUUGGAUCGGGCUCUUGCGUCCAUCUUUCUCAUGUUCUCUCCUCCGCAAGCCGAGAGCCUCCUGCCGGGGCUUCUAACGACUGUGGCAGUUCUGUCCGAUAUGCGAUUCUCAGGGGUUGGUAUACAGACAGAGGCGGCGCCCCUGCUCAACCUUGUCCGGCUCGUGCUGGCGAAGCUAAAAUUCGGGCUCAACGAGGCUGAAAUCAACGAGAUAUUCAAGCUGAAGGGCAGAUAUCCAAUGGCAAAGCAACAGAUGCUCCGAGCGUACGUGAUCAAGCAGUUGCCGUAUAUGACGAAAAUGCUGCUCUACAAGAGCGAUCAGUGGCAGGGCGGGUUGGACACGGCCAUGGACCCGGAGAUGGCCAAGGCGAUGGACCUUUCGAUCUUUCACAAGCAGCUACGGGUAGCGUACCGUUCGCGCAACACGGGCGCUAUCCUCGCCAUCUGGCAGAACCUGAUCUCAUGUUUGCGGGACUAUCCGAGGCUCGGUCAGGACAUCCGCGAUGACCCGCACUUCCUCGACUUUUGGAUCUUCGUGUGGUGCGGUGUGCGCCGAGCUAACAGGGUCCAAGACACGAUGGAUCUGAUGAAAGAACUCGGUAUCCAGCCGACAAUGUGCAAGGAUCUAGGCAAGAUCGAGGCUUUGUGGAGCCAACUCGUUCAGUCAGGGAUGAAGCUCGACGUCAUUAUCUGGACGGAACGUAUAUCGGCACUCAUUGACGGGGGGCGGUCUCAGGAGGGUGUCGACGCGCUGGUCGAGAUGGUGACGACUUGGAAACAGGCUGUGAAGCAAGGUCGCCAAGCACACGCCGUGGAACCAACCAUUGCGGUAGUCAAUGCUGCUUUCAACGGUCUCCUGCGCCUCGGCGAUCCCCAAAAGGCGAACCAGGUGCUUUCCUGGGCAGGUCAAGAGGGCUUCAUGCCCGAUAUCCGGACGUACAACAUUCUCAUCCGCGAGAGCCUCCGUGCCGACGACCCCGAGGAUGCGAAGGACCUGCUGCGGUCCAUGAAGAACCAGGGCGUCCAGCCGGAUGCCGCAACAUUCACUGUUCUGCUGGAGGGUGUCAUCGGCCGGAUGGGAGAUGAAGCCACCCCAGAGGAACAGGUGCAGGCCGUCGACCAAGUGUUUGCCGACAUUGAAUCGGCAAAUCUCGUGCCCAAUCAGGAGACUUACGGCAAGAUGCUCUACUCAGUGGCGGGCCUGCCGAACGGUUCAGAGGAGGCCAUUGCUGCUGUCCAGGCCCAUAUGCGCGGCAAGGGCAUUACCGUCACGGCACACAUGGUCACCAUCCUCGUCGAGCGCGCCCUCUCGCGAGAUCCCCCAGAUAUUCACGCCGUACGGGAUCUCCUACGCGAGCACAAGCUCAAGACAGUCGACCAGGGUGACCAGACACUAUGGGAGCGUGUCAUGAGCGCCUUUUCCGUAGCGCGAGAGCCGGCCGAGGCCCUAGCCAUCUUCGACGAACUCGCCGACGCAGGACGGCCUGUCACGUCACUGCCGUGCCUGCUGGACCUGGUGAGGAUGUUGGUGGAAAGGGGAGAUCUCCAAGAUGCGGAGAGAGUCGUGGGCGUUGCCCUCGCGCACAAGCUGAAGUCGAAAGAGGAGUUCAACAACCGGUACUGGAGGCAUCACUUUUGGUACAUGGCCAAGGAGAAUGGACUGUUGAAGACGGCGGAUUUACCCGAAGCUUUGCGAAAGCAUUUCGCGAACUGA